CGUGACGCGCAUUUCAAACUGGAUUUCAUCCUGAUAAACCUGAUUGUCCUAAGUAAAAACCCAGAAGUACAACCUAGCAGAACUCCACGCUCAACACACAGCAACGAUUUUGAACUAAAGUGCUUUUACAAUGUCGAAACCCGUUAUAGGAUAUUGGAAUGUUAGAGGGAUGGCAGAASCUAUUCUCUAUCUUUGUGCGUAUACCAAGACCGAGUAUGAACUCCAGGACUACAUCACGGGAGAAGGACCUGAGUACAACAAAGAUGGAUGGCUUWCCGUAAAAGAAAAUCUCGGUCUUUCAUUCCCCAACCUACCAUAUUACAAGAAAGAUAAUAUAAAAAUUACGCAAACCUUGGCGAUAUUACGCUACAUAGCUAGAAAACAUAAUUUAUGCGGGAAGACCGAGGAAGAGAUGGCUCAGUGUGAUAUGGUGUCCCACGAGGCUAUGGAUUUCAUCAUAGGUUUUAUCAAAGCUACGUACUUCUGCCAGAAUUUUGAUGAUGACAUCAAAGUUUACUUGAAGAACAUCCGAACCAAUGUCAAGAGAUACGSCAAUCAUCUUGGUCAGCGUCCCUAUAUGGCAGGAGAGAAUCUUACAUUUGCUGAUUUUAUGUUCUGGGAAGCAAUGGAUCAACUUCACACUCUUGAUUCGACCGUGUUUGAUGGACAKGACAACUUGAAGGUCUACAUGAAACGAAUUGCGGACCUACCGGGAGUCAAAGAGUAUCUAGCAUCUGACCGUGCAAAGGCCAGGCCAAUUAGCAACAAGAUGGCUAAAUGGGGARUCAAAUCAAUCCCAAGAYCUGACUUUUAAAUGAGUCUCAAGCUUCUAAAGCCCUACAGCUCGACUUGUGAAAUUUUGAUCAAGUUUAGUCAUAAAUAUUUGUGUUUUACCGUAGUAAUAAAUUUUAGCCAAAUUGA